AUGUCGCUCAAGGAAUCGGCCACACUCGUGGCCCGAUAUCUCAAGGCCAACCACUUCAACGAGUCGUACGAAGCUUUCAUCCACGAGGCUGGACUGUCAAGCGAAGCAGGAACAACAUCUAAAGGGGACUUGACUUUGGAGACUCUGCUUGAGGAGAAGAGAAACUUUGACGUAUCGGUGAGAUUUGAAAAGUUGGGCGUCAAGGAAGGGGAUGAUGGUUGGACUUCGCACGCACCUUCGAUCCCGAGCAUAGUUGACGUUUUUCCUACGGCAUCCAAUAUACUCAGUGCAAGGAUAGAGACUUUCGACGAGAAUGAAGAAGGAGCCUCGCAUCCCGUGCUACUCACAACAACGGCAGACCGUCGGCUCCACAUUCUAGAUGUACGAACCAACACACUCAGCGCAUCUCACUCUGGCAUUCAUGACUCCCCGGUCCUCUCGUGCUCCGCAUUCGGAAAGACGAACAUACUCUCUUCUUCCAUGUCAGGCCAGCUGCAUCYAAGCGACUACGCCGGAACAGUGUUUCAAAAACGUCGAGACCACUCCAAGUAUGUCGUCAAAGUCGCCAUACACGACGAUCCAACGACACCCGUCAUCGCUACUGCAGGCUGGGAUGGUAAGAUCCUGAUCUACAAGCCCACCAUUUCGCCUUCCAGUAUCGAGCUCGGUGAACCUGUUGCAGAAAUCCCACUGUCGACCAAACCGGAAGCAAUCCUCUUCGUCAAACACCCCGACAACAACGAACCGAUCCUGCUCGUCAGCAGAACAGAUUCCACGCUGCUUACAUACUACACGAUUGAAAGCACCCCGCGCCUCCUGGGCCGACAGAAUCUUGCCCCUCACUCAAAUGCAUGGGUCGCAUUCAGCCCGUCAGCAAUGGAGCUCUGUCCCACGGACCCAACUCUAGUAGCAGUCGGCACAUCGUCCGUCCCACAUAUGAAAUUGCUUCUAGUCCGAUUACUCUUCCCACCAUGGGAAGGGACUACCACACCCGCACCACCAACAGCCAUGCUAACCGCGCCCGCCUCUCUCUUGGACUCGGAUGACCCCGCGAGAGAAACCCAAGCCUCACAAGCACGUGCCGCGCUAAUAGUUGCGAAUCGCGAAGACCAAGCGAUUGAAAUCCACAGUACGACCAUGGCGCCUCAGACCGUCUAUUCUACACCUGCUGUAGCGUGGCGGCCGGAUGGGAGUGGUGUGUGGGUGAAUGGCGAUGAUGGGGCUGUGAGAGGUAUCGAGGCGAAGACGGGUAAAGUGGCUGUUACUCUACGAGGACAUGAUGCUGGGACAAAAGUAAGGUGUUUGUGGGCUGGGAUGGUGGACGGGGAGGAAAUGUUGGUUAGUGGUGGUUUUGACCAUCGACUGAUUCUUUGGCGUGCGGAGAAAGCGAUUGCAUAA